UUGUCUUGUUGUUCGUUGUAAACAGGCGUCUCCACUUCCUGUUUGCUCUCUUGCGCUUGCGCGGAGUUGAGUCAAAUGACACUCCACACUUCUUGCUUCCGGGUAGAGAAGGCGGGUUUUUUGUGAGUGUUAAUGGGCCGGGUCGUGAGGCUUCGGGGGUGGGUCGCCUUCUCUGAACUCCCGCCUGGAUUCCUGACAGCAUCCACACUGUUGUCGGCGGCCCUCAGAAGCCGGAACCACACAUUCACGUCGGCCCCGUGUGCUGCUGCUAGUGCUGUUAAUAUGGCGGAGGAGGCGAAGAAGCUAGCCGCAUACGCCGCGGUGGACAACCACGUCCAGAACAACCAGGUGGUGGGAGUGGGCAGUGGGUCCACCAUCGUCUAUGCAGUGGACAGACUAGCGGAGAGAGUGCGCCAGGAGAAACUGAACAUCGUGUGUGUUCCCACCUCCUUCCAGGCCCGUCAGCUGAUUCUGCAGCACGGUCUGGUGCUGUCUGAUCUGGACAGACACCCUGAGCUGGAUGUCGCCAUCGACGGAGCAGAUGAAGUAGAUGCAGAUCUGACGUUAAUUAAAGGUGGAGGUGGGUGCUUAACCCAGGAGAAGAUUGUAGCAGGCUGCGCCAAACAUUUCAUCGUCAUCGCAGAUUACAGGAAGGACUCCAAGGCUCUGGGCCAGCAGUGGAAGAAGGGUGUUCCCAUCGAGGUGGUCCCGAUGGCCUACGUCCCAGUCUCCAGGAAGAUCGUCCAACACUUUGGAGGGGAGGCCAACUUAAGAAUGGCUGUCAGUAAAGCUGGUCCCGUGGUGACAGACAACAGCAACUUCAUUGUAGACUGGAAGUUUGAGGGUGCUCAGAAGUGGAAGGAUAUAAACCGUGCCAUCAAGAUGAUUCCAGGGGUGGUGGAAACGGGACUCUUUGUGGGCAUGGCGGAGCGGGCCUACUUCGGCAUGGAGAAUGGAAGUGUGGAGAUGCGGGACGCUCCUGUGAACUGAGGAGUUUAGACUCAGCAUCUUCUUCUGAAGGACUUCUCCUUGGAAGUGCACACAUCUCAUGACGGCCUCUUGAUUCUACUUACAGUGCAAGUGUGUCUCAUUUGUUUUUUCCCCACUUGACGCUGUGUGGUCUCAUGGAAUGUUGGGAUUUAUUAUUGCCAGAAUGCGUGUAAAGCAGCACAAUACAUGCAAGACGUGCCUCGACAAUGUAGCUGCAGUUGUAUUAAGAAUGAAGCCAUGAAGAAAACAAACAAUAUCGGUGAUCAUGUUAUAUGUUGUGCUCAGGAGAAAUUAUGGAUGAAAACGGAUCCUGUUGUCUGUAAAACAAUCAUGUAGCCGAGAGUGAAGAUUGGAAUGAUUCACAGAAUGCGGUUGCGGUGUAGUUUUGGUUUCAUCAGUGCUUCCUUUAUUGCAACUCACUGAAUGUGUUUCCAACACAUUCCUCCCUCAACGAGUGCCUGUCAAGUCUACAUGCGUGUUUACAUUUUACACUUGUUUACACACUCAGCUGUGUGUCAUCAUGCUAUUUUCAAAGAUGCUCCUUCAUCACAUUGUCUUUUAGAUAUUUUGGAUGUUUUUGUGACUUCAUCUCACAUGGUCUCAUGACUGGGAUACUUUUAAGCGCUGUAAAGUCAUCCAGUGUGCGCAAGGUGCUCCAGAUAUACUGUAUGCCCCUAUUUGAUUCCAGUACAUAUUGGUAUUCUUACACCAAGUGUAUCAUGUUUUGUACCAGCAAUUGAGUUCAUUCCUUCUCUGACAGUGUGACUGUGAUUAAAUUUACUCUUGUAUUGUU